AUGGAGGAGUCGAUGCACCCCGACCCGACGCCGGCGCUUCCGCCAUCGCUCGAAGACAUUCGCGAGCAGGUCGCGCGUCUUGAAGCGGCCCACAGAGCGAAGGGCUUGCCCUUAUCCGGACGUAUCAUUCACGUCGCGCACCACCUGCCUGUCGAAAUUGUUCGGCUCGCUCAGCCCAACGACACUGAUGUCGCCCUGACGUCACCCAUCACACCAGAGUUCAAGCCAGAGGACAUUGUCACUGUCGAGAGCGCGGACCAGAAGUGGAAGAUUCAUGCCCGACAGGGCCACACGGCAAUGGUGUCGGGUAUCCGCUCCUUGUCCGACACUCAUGAGCAGCUUGUCGUUGCAUGGACAGGAGAUAUCCUCUCCCAGCCCGCUGGGAAGACUGGCCAGUCGACGCCGAACCUCGGCCCCACAAACCCGUCCUCGUUUGUGCUCCAGGACAAUGUCGAGUUGCAUGCAGCUCCAACUCAGUCGCCACUCAUGGUCAUUGGCAGCGACUUUGAUUUCAAGGAGCAAAGAGAAAUCACCAACGAGCUCAAGAGGUUCAGCGACACCGAGGUCGAGCAGGAGGGUUACGGCAAGCUCACCUACGUCCCCGUUUUCAUGCCCCAGGAGAUCAGCAAGGGCCAUUAUGAGGGAUACUGCAAGACUACACUAUGGCCCCUCUUCCACUACCUUCUGUGGCUUGACUCUACGGCUACGGUCCCUUCGCCUGACCCCUCCUGGAUCGCCUACCAGAAGGCCAAUGAGCUCUUCGCCAAGCGUGUCGCCGAGGUCUGGAAGCCGGGAGACUUGGUCUUUGUACACGACUACCACCUCCAGCUUGUACCCAAGCUCAUUCGCGAGUUCUUGGGACAGUCGGCUCACGUGAGCUUCCCUGGCCCCUACGGCACUCAGCCGCCUACCUCUGCAGCUCAGAGUGACAGCGCCAGCGCCAAGUCCGGUGACCACAGCCGAGACCCGAGCGAGGUCAUGAUCGCCCUGUUUGUGCACACACCGUGGCCCAGUUCAGAGAUCUUCCGCUGCCUUCCCAAGAGAAACGAAAUCCUCGAGGGCAUGCUCGGAGCCAACUUGGUUCUCUUCCAGACCUACUCGUACUCUCGCCACUUCAUUUCGAGCUGUAUUCGUGUCUGCGGCUACGAGUCGACUACCAACGGUGUUGAUGUCAACGGUGUCAUCACGGUUGUCAGCCACUGCCCCAUUGGCAUCGACGUCAAGCGUGUGGCCCACGACCGCGACGCCCCUGGUGUGCGCCCCAAGAUGGACAGCCUCCGCCAGCUCUACGCCGACAAGAAGAUUAUUGUCGGCCGUGAGAAGCUUGACGCACCCAAGGGAGUGUACAACAAACUGCAGGCGUUCGAAGUCUUCCUUGAAAAGUACCCAGACUGGAGGAACAAGGUCGUGCUCAUUCAGGUGACUACACCGGCCCUGUCCGAGUCGCCCAAGCUCGAGAGAAUGGUGGCCGAGCUCGUCAGCCACAUCAACGGCACCUACGGUAGCCUCGACUUUACCCCUGUUCACCAUUACCACCAGGCCAUUGAGCGCGACGAGUACUUUGCUCUCCUCUCAGUCGCUGACCUCGCCCUCAUCACCUCUCUCCGUGACGGCAUGAACACCACUUCCAUGGAGUUCAUCAUCUGCCAGGACAAGUCGAACAAGUCGCCCUUGGUCCUGUCCGAGUUCAUGGGCACCAGCUCAUCGUUUGGUGAGGCUUUGAAGAUCAACCCUCACGACCUGGUCGGUGUUGCGGACGCGAUCGAGAAAGGCCUGUCCAUGGGCGAGGAGGAGAAGGAAACCCGCCAUGCUGCACUCUACAAGAGCGUAGUUGGUCACACUAGCCACACUUGGGCCGCGACAAUGGUCCAGCUCCUCCUCGAGAACGUCGGCAACGAGCACACUGCACACCAAACUCCCGUCCUCGACACUGCGCUUAUGAAGUCAAAGUACGCCUCGGCCAAGAAGAGGCUUAUGCUCUUCGACUACGACGGCACCCUCACCCCUAUUGUCAAGGUUCCCUCGGCGGCUGUUCCUACUGCCCGCACCCGUGCCGCCAUUGCCGCCCUCGCUGCCGACCCCAAGAACGUCGUCUACCUCAUCUCGGGUCGUGAUGGCGACUUCCUUGAGGAGCACUGGGGUAUGGUCAAGCACCUGGGCUUCUCUGCCGAGCACGGCAGCUUUGUCAAGACGAGAGAGGAUGGCGAGUGGAUGAACAUGACCGAGGCUCUCGACAUGAGCUGGAUGAGCGAGGUUGAGGAGAUCUUCCGCUACUACACGGAGCGAACGACGGGUAGUACCAUUGAGCUCAAGAAGGCUUCCAUCACCUGGCACUACCGCAACGCCGACCCCGUGUUUGGCGAGUUCCAGUGUAAGCAGGCACUCGACCUGCUGGAGAGCAGCUUGGCACCGCGCCGACCGAUCGAAGUCCUUGUGGGCAAGAAGAACCUUGAGGUGCGACCUCUGGCCAUCAACAAGGGCGAGAUUGUCAGACGUCUCAUCUAUGAGAACCCUGACGCCGACUUUAUCAUGUGUGCCGGCGACGACAAGACCGAUGAGGACAUGUUCCGUGCCUUGAGGACAGUAUUCCCUCCCGGAGGACCCCGCGAGGACGAGCCCGUGUUGAUGAAGCCUCCUGUCGGCAUCACAUCCGUCCUCGACCCCGACGACGCUGAGGCGCUUCCUGAGAAGGAGAUUCACAUCCGACCGGACGGAGUGUUUGCAACCACGGUCGGGUCUGCGGCCAAGAAGACAUUAGCUGGCUGGCACGUCACUGGCCCAGAAGAGGUGGUCGACGCCGUCGAGCAGCUCCUGAAGAAGUGA